GCGGCUGAGGGUGCGCGCUCGGCCAGGCGGUGUGCCCGCUCGCAGCGGGGACCGAACCGGCGGCUGCAGAGACCCCGGCCCCGCGGCGGGCGGCGGCUCACGGAUCCGCACUGUGCGCGGCCGAGCGCGCGGCGCUGCCUCGGAGCGAUGCGCUGAGCUCGCGGAGGGCCGAGCGCGGGGCUCGCCGGCAGCUCGGGGAGCCGACCCCAUGGAGCCCGCGGGCGCCGGGAGGAGCCUGCGGGCGCCGCCACCGCCGCCGCCGCUGCUGCUGCUGCUGCUGCUCCUGCAGGUGGCGGGGCCGGCGGGCACCGUGGCUGAGACCCUGCUGGACGCGUCCAGGGCUAUGGGCUCCAGCUCCAGCCCGCCGAGCCCCGCGAGCGUGGUGGCUCCCGGAACGACGCCGUUCGAGGAGAGUCGUUUGCCAGUGUUCACCCUGGAUUACCCCCACGUGCAGAUCCCCUUCGAGAUCACCCUGUGGAUCCUGCUGGCCUCCCUGGCCAAGAUAGGCUUCCAUCUGUAUCACAAGUUGCCCACAAUAGUGCCUGAGAGCUGCCUCCUUAUAAUGGUUGGCCUGCUGCUAGGAGGGAUUAUUUUUGGGGUCGAUGAAAAGUCCCCCCCUGCCAUGAAGACUGAUGUGUUUUUCUUGUAUCUUCUCCCACCCAUUGUGCUUGAUGCGGGCUAUUUCAUGCCCACUCGCCCGUUCUUUGAGAACAUUGGCACCAUUUUCUGGUAUGCUGUGGUAGGGACCCUCUGGAAUUCCAUUGGCAUUGGGGUGUCUUUGUUUGGUAUCUGCCAAAUUGAAGCCUUUGGCCUGAGUGACAUCACUCUGCUCCAGAAUCUACUCUUCGGCAGCUUAAUCUCAGCGGUGGACCCCGUGGCUGUGCUCGCUGUCUUCGAGAACAUCCAGGUCAACGAGCAGCUCUACAUCCUGGUCUUUGGAGAGUCCCUGCUGAAUGAUGCAGUGACAGUGGUCCUGUACAACUUGUUCAAGUCUUUUUGCCAGAUGAAAACCAUUGAGACCAUUGACGUGUUUGCUGGAAUUGCAAACUUCUUUGUUGUGGGAAUUGGUGGGGUGUUGAUUGGCAUCUUCCUGGGAUUUAUAGCGGCAUUUACUACUCGGUUCACGCAUAACAUCCGGGUGAUUGAACCACUCUUUGUCUUCCUGUACAGUUAUUUGUCCUAUAUAACAGCCGAAAUGUUUCACCUCUCAGGUAUCAUGGCAAUCACCGCCUGUGCAAUGACUAUGAAUAAGUAUGUUGAAGAAAACGUAUCUCAAAAGUCCUACACGACCAUCAAGUAUUUCAUGAAGAUGCUGAGCAGCGUCAGCGAGACCCUGAUCUUCAUCUUCAUGGGCGUGUCCACCGUUGGAAAGAACCACGAGUGGAACUGGGCCUUCGUGUGCUUCACUCUUGCCUUCUGUCUCAUCUGGCGAGCGCUGGGUGUCUUUGUCCUGACUCAGGUCAUUAACUGGUUCCGGACGAUUCCCCUGACCUUUAAGGAUCAGUUCAUCAUUGCCUAUGGAGGGCUCCGAGGUGCCAUCUGCUUUGCGCUUGUGUUCCUCCUACCUGCUGCUGUGUUUCCUCGGAAAAAGCUGUUCAUUACAGCUGCGAUCGUUGUCAUAUUCUUUACUGUCUUCAUCCUGGGAAUUACUAUCCGACCGCUGGUGGAAUUUCUAGAUGUGAAGAAGUCCAAUAAGAAACAGCAAGCGGUCAGUGAAGAAAUCCAUUGCCGGUUUUUUGACCAUGUGAAGACUGGGAUUGAAGAUGUUUGUGGACAUUGGGGUCACAACUUUUGGAGAGACAAGUUUAAGAAGUUCGAUGACAAAUACCUGCGGAAGCUGUUGAUUCGGGAAAACCAACCCAAGUCAAGCAUUGUGUCUUUAUAUAAGAAGCUUGAAAUAAAACAUGCCAUUGAGAUGGCAGAGACGGGGAUGAUAAGUACUGUUCCUUCUUUUGCAUCUCUGAAUGAUUGUCGUGAAGAGAAAAUAAGGAAGCUCACACCUGGUGAAAUGGAUGAAAUCCGAGAAAUAUUAUCCAGAAAUCUCUAUCAAAUCCGACAGCGAACUUUGUCCUACAACAGACACAAUCUGACGGCUGACACAAGUGAGCGACAAGCCAAGGAAAUUCUGAUCCGACGAAGGCAUAGUUUGCGAGAAAGCAUCCGGAAAGACAGCAGCUUGAACCAGGAGCACAGGGCGUCCACUUCAGCCUCUCGAUAUUUAUCCUUACCAAAAAAUACAAAGCUUCCAGAAAAGCUACAAAAGAAAAAGAAUAUUUCUAACACAGGUGGCAAUAGCAGUGACUCGGACACAGAUGUUGGGACUACCGUCCUCAAUUUGCAGCCCCGAGCAAGGGGCUUCUUGCCAGAACAGUUCUCAAAGAAAGCCCCACAGCCCUAUAAAAUGGAAUGGAAGAACGAGGUAGACGUCGAUUCCGGACAGGGCCAGCCUUGUAACCCCCCAGCACCCCCCAGCAAAGAGGGGGGCACCCAGACCCCAGGCAUGCUACGGCAGCCCCUUCUCUCCAAAGGCCAGUUUGGCUCAGUGCGGGAAGACAGUGUGACCGGAGGCGUCUGCCCCAAGCCACCACCCAGGCUGGUCCGGAGGGCAUCGGAACCCGGCAGCCGGAAAGCCCGAUUUGGAAGUGAGAAGCCUUGAUGGAAAUGGCCAAAGCAGACCUGGAGUGACUGGCCCAGCACAGCGGGGGGUUGUCACUCUGAAACAUGACACAGAAGUGGAAUCCAUUUAAUGCCCUCUAUGCAUCUCAAUACUUCUUUGGGUAGCAGAGUCAUGCCAUUGACUUACAGGAUGAACGCUCAUCCCAAGAAGAGGAAAAUCAAAGAAGAAAGUCCCAUAAAAUGCCUUUUAUGACUUCUUGCUAGCAGUUGUAUUCCUUGCAAGCCUAAAGGAAAAAAAAAAGUGUGCCUUUAUUGAACUUGAAUGACAGAACUUGAAAUUUUUAACACACCCUUGUUGGUGAAAAUUUUAAUAUAUAUAUGUAUGCCUCAAGUUUUAUUUAUGAAAACAUAUGUAUAUCUGUAAUCAGUUUUUAAAUGAAGGGCGCUAAACAUACUCAACAUCUUCCUGGGUUGUAAAAGGCGGCGCCCGGAGGAUGGUGGGCAAUUUGUUCAGAGUCAAGGUGUUUUGCCAUCCUGAGCUGAUGACCAGUUGGUACAGGAAGAGCACAGCAUGGAGCAGACCAUGCUCCAUGAACUCAGACCAGGGAGACAACCAGAACAUCUAGGCAGAUGAGGUGGCCUGGCUCCCAGAGCGCGGAUUCCCGUGAAACAAUGAGUCAGCAGGACUUACUGUGUUCCUCAUUCUGUAUGUUUGGGGGUGACAUAGGUUCCAUCUCUCAUUUGUGUUUGGCGCAGACAGGCUGUGUGGGUGACGUGACGUCUGACAGACUUGGUGGCAGCUUUUGAUGAAGUUCCAGCGUGCAGGCCUCAUGUUGAAUGUGGGGGAGAUAAAGCAGCACCUGCUUACACCUUGUGGGCAGGUUUUAUAUUGUGCAAUACUGGGAAGAGGAUACAGGAGAUUCCCUUUCAUGCCCCUCUAGGACUACCUGCUUCAGAAUUUUCUGUAGAAUGUUCUAGAACUUUGAGCCUCCAAGCAGUUUAUUCAAACAGUAUUCCAAUAUUUAGCAAAUUGGUGAGAAUUCAGGUCUUGAAAUUUAUUCGGGAAGCACUUUGGAGAAUGUAGUUUUUUUUUUUGUUUUUUUGUUUUUUUGGUUUUUUUUUGCACUAGUGUGUAAUCUGUUACCUCUGGCCCCUCAAUAAAGUAGUGACUCAAAUUCUUCGUAUAAAAAUGGAUUCUCCUCAUCUGAGUACUUUUUAAAAGUACAGCAGAAAGACAAGAAGUGGAAUAUAAUCAUUAAAGAUUAAUAUUUGAA